UUUGUGUUGUUUGUUGUGUACAUGUAGAUUUAAAAAGAAUUAAAUAGAAACAGAGUUCUAAUAAGCGUAAAACAUCAAAUACUUCACACAAGCUAAUGUUUAAAUUACCUACCUUUUGAGCCGUGCAUUAGUCGGUUUUCAUUCAUAAUUUUUAUUUAUUCUUAGUUCUUAGAGAAAUUGGACCACGGGUAUAAAUAUGAACAAAAAAAUUAACAAAUGUUAAUAAUUUAUCACUAAAAUGAAUAUUAAAGAGGAACAAAUAUGCUAUAAGCUGCUUUGCAAUGCUUGCCUUUGUGUUGGAAGGAAGCUACAUGAAAUAUCUGAUGAGAAAACAGUAAAAUACUACUUGAAUGCUUUGAGUGAAAUUCCUCUGUACAAUCCAUCAACAGUAAAUCUGCUGAUAUGCUGGGAGUGUAAAGCACUGCUACAAAAGAGUGUGUCCUUCAGGGAGCAGGUGCAGGACUCAUACCGGAUAUUACAAACUUACACCAAUGAGAAUCUCCAUGAAUGCCUACUCUCCGAUGUGAGUCGUCCACCUCGAUUAAAGCUACAUAAAACUGAUCCAGUGAACAUAUUGCCCUUAGAAGGCUUGGAAACUUUUACUGAUCCUAUUAAUUGCCUUAAAUAUGAAUUCAAACAGGAAUCGAAGAAUGAUGACGAUGAAAACACGUUGGAAGACGAUGGCAUAUUGUCAGAUUCAUCUGACAAUACGAAACAUUCUGAUUCUGACAUCCGGGAUAUAGAGGUAAUGUGUUCCAUGAAGAGCGGAAAAAGGAGAAAGAGAGUUGGCACUAAAACUAAGAAAGCUAAGAAGGAGAAGAUAAGCAAGGUUCUAGAAGACUGUCUGUCAUCGGAUGGGAGUGAAUCUCGUUUGAAUAUCACUUUAGAAGCAACUGACUUACCUCCAGAAGCAUUCGAAACAGUCCCACAAGUACCUAUGGUGUGUGUCAAAGACAAAUUUAAAGAGGAAUGGGAGGAGAAAGAAGACACAAAUGCAUUAGGCGACGACGAUAAUGCCAUUAUGUCGGAUUCAUCUGACAAUACGAAACAAAUGGAAGCUGACAUUCGGAAUAUUGUUUGUGACGUGAAGAAGGGAGAGAAGAGGAAGAAAGACAGCACUAAAGCGCAGAAAGUUAAGAAAGUGACAAGGAAAAAGACGAAAUCUAUGAAAGAUCUGCGCCAAAAGAUACUAACUAUAGAGCUUACAUAUGAAGAGUUGUUAGUAGAAAGAGAUAGAGAAUCGACCAGAGACACGUAUAUGAAGGCGGAGUAUAAAUGUGAGAGCUGUCUGAUUGGGUUUAAUUACAACAAGUCAUAUCAAGCUCAUGUGGCUGCUAAACAUUCAGAGGAUCUAGGCGACUACGUGUGCCCCAUAUGUAAAACUAUAGUACCGUCUAUAGACUCCUUCACUGGACACUACAAGCGACACAUGAGAAGUUCGAUAGACUCGCACCGUUACCACAAAGACACCCACAAGGCGCGCCUGCAGUGCUCGGAGUGCGACAAGACCUUCAGACACAGAACUGGACUCAUGAAUCAUAGACUGGCAGUACAUGAGUAUCACAACGUGUUUCCGUGCACGCUUUGCGAUAAAGUUUUCAGAUGGAAAACCAGUCUGAAGCGACAUCUAGAGAAGCAUGAAGUUAUGAAGGGUAAAUCGCCAUCGUCUGCAGCAUACUGUUCGACAUGUAAUAUUAAUUUCUCGUCUCUAUGUUCGUACCAACGACACAUGAAGAUCAGCUUGAAACACGUUACGCAGGACCAGUUCAAGUUUAUAUGUGAUCACUGCAAUAAGCGGUUUUCUGAUAAGACGAAGAUUAGAGACCAUAUUGAAGAGAAACAUCUGCAUAAGACAUUCCAGUGCCAUAUAUGUCUAAAGCCAUCAAAGAACCGAGUAGGAUUAGACCAGCACAUCAGGAAUGUUCACAAAGGAAGGCCAAACAACAAGAUGUGCCAUCAUUGCGGAAAAGGAUUCCCGACUAAGGUGCAGUUGGAAUCUCACAUUCGCACACACACCGGAGAGCGGCCGUUUAUAUGUGAAUUCUGUCCGACUACGUUCUCACAGCAGUCGAAUCUAUACAAACAUAAUCGACAAGUACAUCUAAACAUAAAGUCCAAACGCUAUCCUCUAGGUAAGAGAAAGGAUGACACAAGUCAAGAUGACAAAGGUCAAGAAAUACCUCCUUUGGGACCAACGCCCAUAGACCAGUACAGAAUACCGAUGCUUCAGUAUACUACUGAGAAAUCUUUCGUCAUAUAAUCGGUCUGUCAAGAAAGAAGAUGCGGGGGAAACCUGGAAACCGUCAAGACGCCUAGCUUUUUGGGGAAAAAGACUAGGGAGUGUGGUAUUCGUACCUCACUAUAGCCACCCUCAGCACCUGUAAGGGACACCGGGUGCAGCGCCUGAUACAGCACAUCCCUAGGCAGACGUGCGUGUCCUUUGAUCAUCUCUUCACGGCAGUACGUGACUUUUAUGCUACCGUAUUCUCUGAGGUCACUUUUUUUUAAGGGGCAAAAUCAUCGAAAGACGUCUUCCACCUGGGUGAGGAGGGAGGGAGUGUCA